AUGAGGGCUGCUUCCCUUCGGGUCCUGCUCGCCCUGAAGCUCUUGUGCCUGGUGACCCUGGCCGGAGGGCAACCCAAAGCAUCUCUGAUGUGCUCCAGGGAGUGCCAGAAGUUCAGCCCCAAGAUAGAGGCCAAGAGGAUAAGAAGCUACCACAGCACUGAAGCCACCUGCAAGACAAAAGCCAUCAUCUUGGUGACCCUGAGGAUGCUGCAGAUCUGUGCAGACCCAGAAGCAGAUUGGGUGAAGAAGAUCAUGAAGGAGCUGGACCGGGAGAAGGCUUCCCCCUCCCCCCUCCCCCAGGCUGCUGGCCCAGCAGAAGGUCCCGGGGGCGUUCAGAGCUCUCAGCUGCCCUUGGUCAUCCCAGCUGCCGUGGUGAGCGCCCUGAUGGUGUGUGGGGUGGCUGUGGCUUGGCUCUACCUCAAGUUUGGACUCAGGAGAGAGGAGGUGGCGAGAGAAAUGGUCCAGGGCUUGCUCUACCAGAAGGCAGCCCCUGCCCCCGACGCCUACCCCAUGGAAGAGGUCUGA